AGAACCUUUUUUUCCCCAGGCGGCAUGCCCAGUAGUGGGUGGUUGGCUGCUCUCACCAGGCACUUCACCCGCACGCCUUCGGUACCCCGCGCCCACGCACAUACCCGAGAGUGUGGGCGGGCUGGAGGUAACGGUAUUGCUAUUGUGUCAUCUCAGAAUGCCUCCCCAACCCCCCCGAGUCGCCCCACGACACCCUGGAACCUUGAGACCCUCGACGACGAGAUCCAGCGGGCAGCAGGAGACGAAGACGACCUGCAGGAGUCGGAAGAAGCUGCCCCCCGUGCCGGCUCCUCCUCAUCGCGCCACAGAGAUUCUCCUUCAGCAAUGAGCGCGGCGGCAGGCCCUCAGCGGCGGGGGUCCUACUCCCGCCCGACCUCCGCCUCCUCCCGGCCGCCCUCUUCGGCCUCGCGCCCCACCUCGGCCCCUUCACGUCCUUCGUCCUCCGCAGCCUCACGGCCGACCUCUGCGGCCUCUAGGCUCUCCGCCCCCGCCCACCCGCUGCUUCGGACCCAGACGCAGGCGGAGACAGCGGCAGGGUCCGGCCCGUCCACGCCCCUGCCCGCUCAGGUGGACGACCCCGGAGACUACCAUGCUUUCCUGUACGACCUGGACGCCCGUGGUCACUACUUCAUCCCGCCCGUCAUCCCUCCCCUGUAUGACCGCCCCGUGGCCGCCCCCACGCCCUUGUCCACGAGGUGCAACACGCCCGUGUGGGACCUCGACGGGGAGAAGAGAGUCAGAUUCCUGGAGCCGGAGGUGGUGGGUGACACCCCAUCCCGCCCCGCCAGCGUCACCUCGCAGUACUCGCAGGUCCUCAAGAACUCCACGCGCUUCUUAUUCCAACCCUCGCAGGCGCUGACGGGCGACCCGGGCGGCCACAACCCCCGCUACUGCAACUGCCCGUGCCACUUCUUUCCGUCGGGGCGCAAGAGCGUGGGCAUUCAGGUCAAGCGGACGGACCCGGAGCCGCCCCGCCCGCGCCACUACCGCCUCUUCUUCACGCCCACGAUGAGGGGCCUCGAGCAGGUCAACUUCGGUACAAAAUCGGUCAGCUUGGCCACGAGGGCGAUUUUCUCGCAGGUGGGGCUGGCUGUGCUGGUGGUUGCGUGGUGGGUGGCGGGCGCGGCCAUAUUCUCCAGCGUGGAGGGCGCGGCGGAGAGCAAGACCGUGGACAGAAUGGCCGCCCUGCGCACGGACCUGGUGCUGGGUCUGGCCACGGAGCUGCGCCAGGUGCUGCCCUACGACCUGGUGUGGAGGACCAAGAUCGAGACGUACAUGGGGCGCCUGGAGAAUGCGGUGCUGGACGCGGCGCGAGCGGGCUACGCCUCCAGGGCCCCGACGUGGACGAUGUCGGGGGCGCUGCUGUAUUCCGCCUCGCUCACCACGCUCGUCGGUCCUGGCGGCAUGACCCUCAGGACAGGCUUCAGCAGAAUCUUUGCCGUCCUGUUUUCCCUCGUGGGCGCUCCUCUCGUCCUUCUGCUGGCGAUCAGCGGGGCCUUCACCCUCCGUGAGGGCGUGGGCAAGGCAUGGGCGUGGCGUUGCGGGAGGGGUCGGCAGAGCCGGGUGUCCGACGGUCGCGGCCAGGAGGAGCGGCGCGCGGAGCAGUACGGGAGCGGCCGAGGCGGGUCCGCGACGAGCACCCUCAACCUGGCCUCCGCCCGCCCGCACUCGUCCUCCAACCCCGGUCCGUCUGCGGCGGACACGGGCCCCGACACGCCCAACGGGCCUGGCGAACUCCCCGGCUCCACAGUGCCAGGAAACAGUGCCAAAGUAAGAGGGAUGGCAGAGACGUCUCGCGUUCCGGUCCUGGACUCUACGCUGCGCUCAUCCACUUCCUCAGGCCUCACGGCGCAGGACACGGACGCCAGCAGCGAGUCCGGAGGCAUCAACGCCGCUCCGACGACGUCCACGGGGCGUCCCUCGGAGCAGCGCCUCGGAGCCGGCGCGACUGACGCUGUCUCUCGGCGGCCCAAACAGGUCUACUACCCAUAUCCGCCUCCGCCGCGACGCUCCAAGACGGCCCCGUGGGUGGUGUACCUGGUCAUCCUCCUGGUGUACCUCCUGCUGGGCUUCGCCAUCUUCGCCCCGAUCCAGCGCUGGAGCCUUCCGUCCGCCCUCUACAUCCUGUCCGGCACGCUGCUCACCCUCGACCACGAGUGCCUGGGCGAGAGGCAGACGCUGGGCUCCAGCAAGAUCAUCGUACCUUACGUGCUGUACAUGUUGCUGGGCAUCGUGCUCGCCACCAGCCUCGUGAUGAGCGUGUGGUCUUCGCUGUGCGCCUCGCUCGUCAACACCGGCAAGUACCUGGCCGUCGUGAGGCCCACCGCUAGAUAACACCUCCCGAGGGAACCUGGUGUCACCUAGGCUCAGGUCUGUAGGUUUUGUAAGAUUUUUUCAGAAGAUCGUUUAUAUUCGGGACUCCUUCGUCGUGCCGGCGGAGACCCCGCGCUGAGACUAUUUUGUAUCCGUAAGCGUCAGGAGGACCGGCCUGGCGCCGGCACACAGCUCCUCCCCCUCCUCCAGGAGGGUGAACGGUACAAACAAUAAACAAUGUGCAAUCA